CGUUCAAUCGCCUUUCUUCCACUGACAAUUACAUCGGUUCUUCACGUGAGUUCAGUGCCGUGAUUUACGUGCUUCGAGAUCGAUUACUAUCUUCCAAUUCUGAAUCUAUAAUCAGAUCGAAUGAUGCGUCACCGCGUCUAGGUACGCAAGAUCAUUGCGGAAACAAUUCCGCAUGCUCAUAAAAGCGAACCAACACGAUGGGCGCCAAGGAUCCUUGUACUCGCAAUCACCUUUCCAUUAUUCUGGGAUCAGUGCCAAAUGAGUGGUGUUCGUACUUCAAAUCCAUCAACUAUGCAGCUACCACACCACAGACGUGUUGUGGAUAAAUGUACCCCACGGGACAAGUAUGCGAGGACGCACAUACAUCUAAAGAAUUCAUUCCUCUCAAGCUCUGAUGAUUUGAGUGUAAAGACUCCAAGCGCGCCUUGGGUCCACGCGUAUAACUCACGACAACGAUCGCAAUCUUCCGCAGAUACGCAAGGCUGGAAGCAUCUGCCAACUCCCAUCCGACCAACCUUCCGCCCGCGUGAUUACGCAUCACCGCUCACUGCGGAUAAUAUCUCCCCCACGAACACGUUCAAAGUCCUACGACGCUCGUUGCAUAACCUUGAUUUUGACCCAACUUGCCUUGAUCGCCUCGAUGAACAGCUUCUUCUUUCGCCCACAGAGUCAUUCGUUGACGUAUGUUACUCUGACGCUGUUCAUGACAACAAUAUUCCUGUUCCUAUGCUCCAGCCCAUCCAACCUCGUAUCCGUAAAGACGCGACGCUAUAUGACCGUACAGCUGCCACUGAUGAGGACCCUUUCCACGAUUGGGAUGAAAAUUACUCCGUCAAAUUCAAAAAGGCUCGCAGGAAACCGUUGCCCCCACCUCCGCUUCCACAACUGCCCGAAGAAUCACUUCCCAGAACGAGUCACCAGGACUCGAUGCUCGCUCUUCUGGAGUCACAUAUCCUAUAUCACAAUCCCAACGAAUCUGUUCACUUUUUCCCAGUAUCUACGCAACGCUGCAGUGGGGAAUCGCGAAAAUCGUCUCUCGAAGCCCCCUCCGUCCACUCCACGGGGUCGAAUGGCAGAUUCAGGCGCAUUUCUGAUGCACUUACUGGUCGUUCUCGAAGACCCAGUGCUUAAAACCCCGCCGACUUCAUUGAAUGUAAAGUCAUCAUCUCAGCUGUUUUGAUCACUCGACAAAAACGGCAUGCCGUACCACCUCCAUCCCCUGAUUGUUAUAUCUUAGCCUAAUCGCAAUGCAGCAGGAGCUCCAUUUGCGACCUAGAUACCCUCUGACGUUACUCUAACUUUUGAUUCAUUUGUUUGUUUUAUAGGAGUAUAUUUUGGAUUUCUUACUAUCUCAUGACAACCGACUGUUCAAACUGCUUCACAGUCGCUUCUUCCUAUCUCCGUCGCUAGAUACGAUGAUCAGUGACGUACCAUUCAGCAUCGAUAACGCCUCGAAUGAAAUAAUGAUUUUUGGAACUUAAA